GGCCAUUUUUAGAAGCUUCCACCGUUGUCGCUCUUAAUCCCCGAAGCGAAACGGGUCCUCGUCGCGAAGAUGCUACUGGUGGUCCUCGCCCUCCUCCUCUGCUCCGCCGUCGCCUCCGCCUCCGCCUCGGACGACCGCGCCGGCGGCCGCAGGGUCCUCCACCAGCCGCUGUACCCCAUCCAGUGGACCCCACCACCGCCCCCUCAGGAGUUCGUUGACCCACCUCCGGACGAGUCAAGCAGCUUCUUCCCCGGUGUCCCCUCGACGCCCGCCGUUGCGGCCUCCUCCUCCGCGUCCAAUAAGGUCUUCGUCAUCGCCUUCUCCGCUUCCGUCCCCGCCCUCGUGGUCCUGUUCUUGUUGGGGUUCCUGUUGUACCGGCUAAAGUUUCGGAGCUCGCCCGAAGCCGGAAAGCUUGUCGGCCCCGACGGCAGCGGCGACCGGUGGGUGGACCGAAAGCCCGCUUCCGCGGCGCCGGAUUUCCUCUACCUUGGCAUCAUGGAUACGUCGGCGGUAUCUGGCGGGCGGCAGAACGGAUCCUCUUACGGAAACAUCGCGACGGAGCGGGUGCUGGAAAUGCAUCACCCGAGCCCCGAGCUCCAGCCGUUGCCGCCGCUGAGUUCCACAGCUUCGCUGAGGGGAAUGGUCCCUCCGCCAAUGACGUUAUCCGAUGAGGACACCUUUUACACUCCGCAGCGGUCGGUGGUGUCCGCCACCAGCGAGAGCCCGAGUAGCCCGGCCUCCCGUAGGAGCCCCCCAAGUAUUAACAGCGGAGAGCAGCAAUUGUUGGCCGUGGCCGCGGCAGACACUGCACCCCGCUUUGCGGUCAAACAGAUGAUCCUCCCAAUGGACCAACAACCUCCACCUCCAUCGCCGCCGCAGCCACCACCAUCUACUGAAACCAUGGGAAGCAUUGAACAGCCAAUUAAAGCUCCGGCGACUCCAGUUGCGGCAUCUUCAAGGCGUAGGUUGCUAAAUCCACUUCCUCCUGAAGCAACACGAAUCAACAUACCACUUCCUCCGACGAAGCGCGGCGUUGGCAUUGCCGCCAGUUCUUCGCAUCAAGUACACGAGAUGGUGGAGGAAUUGGAGGGUGACUCGAAGCCCAAGUUGAAGCCUCUUCACUGGGACAAAGUUAGUGCGAAUUCCAAUCGAGCAAUGGUCUGGGACCAGAUGAAAUCAAGCUCAUUUCAGAUGAACGAGGACAUAAUCGAGACUCUAUUUGUCAACAUCACCUCAAGUUCUCUUCCCAAAGCAACAAGCAGACGACAGCGUGUCCUGCCAUUAGAUGAGGAGAAGAGAGUGCUGGAUCCCAAGAAGUCGCAGAACAUAGCAAUACUCUUGAGGGCAUUGAACGUGACAAGAGAGGAGGUCCACGACGCUUUAUUAGAUGGUAAUCCUGAAUGCUUAGGAGCUGAGCUUUUGGAAACUUUAAUCAAGAUGGCUCCCACCAAGGAGGAAGAACUAAGACUGCAUGAUUACAUGGGUGACAUAUCAAAGCUAGGUUCAGCUGAGCGCUUUCUGAAAGCAGUGCUAGACGUACCAUUUGCCUUUAAAAGAGUUGAUGCAAUGCUUUACAGAGCUAAUUUUGAGACAGAAGUCAAAUAUCUAAUCAAAUCUUUUGGAACUCUAGAGGCAGCAUGUGAAGAUUUAACAAGCAGUAGACUAUUCCUUAAGCUCCUGGAAGCUGUUCUGAGGACUGGAAACAGGAUGAAUGUGGGCACCAACCUAGGUCAAGCGAAAGCCUUCAAGCUCGACACUCUUCUAAAACUGACAGAUGUAAAGGGAACUGAUGGAAAAACAACCCUACUCCACUUCGUCGUGCAAGAGAUUAUCCGUUCAGAAGGAACAGGUACUGAACCAUUGACAGUACACAAUCCUACUAACAGUAGCAGGGAAGAACAAUUUAAGAAACAAGGUUUAAAAGUGGUGGCUGGGCUGAGUAAUGAGCUUGGGAACAUCAGAAAGGCAGCAGGAAUGGACUCAGAUGUUCUUAGCAGUUAUGUCUUGAGGCUAGACGUUGGGCUUCAGAAGAUAAAAUCAGUUUUACAGCUAGAGAAGUCAUGCACGCAAGGUAUGAAAUUUUUUGACACGAUGAAGGUGUUUCUUGAAGAGGCUGAAAGGAAGAUUGAUCAUGUCAAGGCUGAGGAGAAGAGGGUGAUGAAUAUAGUAAAGGAAACUACAGAGUACUUUCAUGGAGAUGCAGCAAAGGAGGAAGCUCACCCUCUUAGGAUCUUCAUGGUGGUGAGGGACUUCCUAUCUGUACUAGAUAAUGUAUGCAAGGAAGUGGGCAGAUUGCAGGAGAGGACAUCGAUGGGUUCAGCUAGAUCCUUUCGCAUAUCUGUCAAUGCAUCUCUACCAGUUCUCCAAAGGUAUGAACAGCGACGAGUUGUGCAGUCAGAUGAUGAUGAUGAUAGUUCAUCAUCACAGUACUAAUGCAAGAAGAUCACUUCUCAGUCAUUCUAUAUGAAGACAAUCAGGUGACAAGGAAAAUGGUAAUUUGUCCAUCGGAAAAGAUGAGCAAGGAGGGUGAAGAGAAGGAAAUUUCCAAUUUGCAGGCUCAUGUCUGUAAAAAAGAAAAAAAGAACCUUAAAGGAAGGCAUCAUUGUACAGAAUUUCACACAGAUCAAAGCUAGGGAAAGGGCUCUCAUCAGAGUACAGAAUCGAGUUUGAUCAACUCUGAUGCGAUUAAGUUGAUGGUUGUAGAAGUUUGUACUUUGUUCCUUUUACAUGUAUCUUUUUCCUUGUGGAUAUGUUAAAAUUAGAUUGAAAGAGAACAUCGAGGCUAAAAUUGCCGAGCAUUUUGAAUUCAA